ACCUGUGAUUCACUGCCAAGUUGAGAACACGCUUGGUCUAUUCUUACUAUGUCUAUGGUACGCGGUCUAGUGUAUAUAGGAGUUUGUGGGUAAAAAUGACUAGAUUUGCAAGAGCAAAAGGAUCAAAGGCAGCAAAUGAGAAAUUGCCAAAUGAAUCUACACCAUGGCAUGUAAUGAAACAGCAAAUGGAAGAAAGCAAGAGCAAAACAUCCUUGGAGAAGAAAACAUCCGCAAAAGAGUUAUUGAAAGACACACGUGAUAGUAACGUUAAUGAAAAUAAUAGUUGGGCGGCAUUCGAUGACAAUAAACCUAACUUAUCUAAUAAUACACAGAAACAUAAAGACAAAAAUUCGAUAUCAAAUAAAAUUCAUAAAAAUUCUGUGCAAAAUUCUCAGAGUGACAAGUCUGAUAAUAUAGUAUCAAAAGAUAAUAAAAUGAAAAAUUUUGAGGAAAUGGAAGGUACGGAAAUUAAGGCAACAGAUAGUAAGAAAAAUAAAUUUUCUAAGAAGAAGAAACAAAGUGCCAACAAUUCGUCACCUAACGAAAAAGAGUCACAAGCUCCACAGGAUAAUAAUGAACAUUCCAAUUCUGGUGUGUUGAGCAAACGACAGAAGCGAAAUCAGAAGAGAAAGUUGGAAACGAUGAAUAAUGAUGUUAAGAGAUUAAAAACAGAUACAAGUUCCCAGAGCAAAAAAACAAAAGAACAGAGGAUAAAAGAAAAAGGAGAAUACAAGCGGAGAAAACCAGACAACGGUGCCACAAAAGUCAUAAUAAAUGGUAUAGAAAUCGAAGUUGUCAAGUAUGAUGGAUUUCCUAUCAAGAAGGAGGACGCAGAUAGAUUGGCAGAACUUAAACAGAAAUUGGUGAUGAAAGGUAUACCGAAAUCUGAAAUUGACACAGCAAUAAAAUUGGAGAGACGCAAAGCUGAGAAAGCAUUGGCUCGCGUUAAGAAACUCGUCUGCUUCCACUGUCGCAAAUCUGGGCACUACUUGUCCGAUUGUCCCGAAGUCGGCAAUGAAGAAAUUGGUACAGGCAUUUGCUUCAAAUGUGGUUCAACGGAACACACCCAUUUUGAGUGUAAAGUUAACAAGAAUGACACCUAUAGAUAUGCCAAGUGCUUCAUUUGUCGCGAGCAGGGUCACAUUGCCCUGCAAUGCCCUGAUAAUCCGAAAGGAGUGUAUCCUCAUGGCGGUUGUUGCAAAGUUUGCGGAGCUGUAACACAUUUAAAAAAAGACUGCCCUGACUUGAUGAACAAUAAAGAAGAAAACGUCAUUAGAGUUGAAAAAAUGGAUAAUACUGUAGAAUCUUUACAAGAAGAUAGAAAGGAGAAAAGUGAAACCAGUACGGCACCUAAGAAGAUUAUUAAGUUUUAGAUGCAUUGUAGUUUAUAAUGUACAAGCAUUCGUAAUUUUACUUGUAUUUAAUUUGUUUUUUUUAUCAAUAGGAAAUAAAUAUACUUGACAAAAAA